ACAUGGCAUCAUUGCCAAAUGAAGCUGUGUACGAGAAGGAGAAAUCUCGUGUCUCAUGGCCAAAGCAAUUGAAUGAUCCACUUGAAGUUGUCGAUCCUGAGAUUGCCAACAUCAUUGAGCUCGAAAAAGCAAGACAAUGGAAGGGACUGGAACUUAUACCCUCAGAGAAUUUCACCUUUGUAUCUGUGAUGCAAGCAGUAAACGGGCAGACUAAAAUGGCAACGGCAUGGCCCGACCCGACCCGAAUAAGUAAACGGGCUGGCACAUCUUGACACGAUUGAAAAUGGCACGG